CAAUACGAUGUGACUUGGAGUGUUUCCGUGCAAGAAAAAAAAAAUCAGAUAUCGAUCGCUUCUUGUCUUUUCUCUUCCAUCUUCCCAUUCGUGAGCUCAGAAAAUGGCGCCCAUUGGAAAGCUUUACUCUGUCCCCAGCAUGAACCAGACCACCAUCAUCAAGGCUACUGCUGCGGUCGCUGGCGUGGAGUUUGAGGAACCAGAGUACAAGCACUACGAAGACAACAAAAAGCCGGAUUUCCUGGCCAAGUUCCCUCAUGGAAAGAUCCCUGCUCUUGAGUGCGCAAACGGUCUUAACCUGACCGAAGGCGCCGCCAUCGCUCAGGUAUACGAUACUUACGGAGAACCCAUAGUUGCCUCCAUUCCACCUAAUUCGGGCCUUCUCGGUGGCACCCUCGAAGACGCCGCUCUCGUCGACCAAUAUAUGCACUUCGCGGAGUCGGAAAUACACUUGUGCACCGAGUUCAUUUAUCUGAUGUUAAACGGAUAUAUGCCAUAUAACAAGGCUAUCCAUACGACAAUGACCGAGCGUCAGAUCCGAGGAUUUAACUCCCUCGAGACGAUCCUCCUCACUCGUACCUACCUUGUUGGCGAGCGCCUCACCCUUGCUGAUAUCACCGUUUCCUCUGUCAUUUUCCUUGCCGUCUCAUACACCCUCGAUGCCCCGCUGCGUGCUAAGUACCCAAAUAUCCUCCGCCACCUCGACCUCAUCAUCAAUCAACCAAAACUCAAGGAGGUCUUUGGCCAACCCACGUUCGUCGAGAAGGCCGCACAGUACACUCCACCCGUAAAGGAGAAGAAAGAAAAGGAACCUAAGCAGCCUGCUCCUGCACAGGCUCCAAAGAAGGAGAGACCCAAGAAAGCAGAAGAAGAUGAGGAGGAAGAGGAGAGCCUUGUCCCUGAGGAGCCCAAAGCCAAAAACCCUCUCGAUCUCCUACCAAAAUCGACCUUCAAUCUCGAGGACUGGAAACGCGCUUACUCCAACAAAGACACUCGCGGACCCGGUGGCUCUCUUGAGUGGUUCUACGAGAACUUCGACAGAGAGGGUUUCUCAGUCUACCGUGUUGACUUCAAAUAUAACGAGGAAUUGACCCUCGUCUUCAUGUCCUCAAACCAAAUCGGCGGUUUCUUCAACCGUCUGGAGGCUUCACGUAAAUAUCUUUUCGGAUCCAUGGGCGUCCUUGGAGAGGCCAACAACUCGAUCAUCGCCGGUGCUCUGAUCCUGCGUGGUCAGGAUGUUAAACCCGUUGUCGAGGUAGCACCCGACUACGAGAGCUACAUCUACAGGAAACUCGACCUCGAGAACGCCGAGGACAAAGCUUUCUUCGAGGGUGCUUUAGCCUGGGACUUGGAGAUCGAUGGGAAGAAGUGGCAGGAUGGGAAGAAUGUGAGUUGGCGUUUUUUUUUAAAUGUGAGGAACCGAUCUUUGACAUCUUGCUUUCUCGUUGCAGUUCAAGUAAACGAAAGGAAGUUUGUUUGUUGUAUCCUCACGAUUCACGUGUAUCACGUUGUCACUCUGUAGUUUUUUUACGAGGUUAAGAUACA